AUGCAAUUUCUGAGAGCGUUCGCUGUCCUUGCCCUGCUGGGCUCCCCAUCAGCUGCCUUUGUGGUCCCGACAUGUCCGACCAGUCGAUGCUCGGCGCUCUACAUGGUACUGGAUAAUGCGAUGAAUGAUCGAUUGAAUGGUAUCAAGCGUUCCUAUCAAGCACUGACAGAACGUUUGGGAGAUCCAGAUGUGAUUGCAAGCUCUAAUUUGCUGCGAAAGGUAAUGUCGGAGAGAGCAAGUAUCGAAGAUACCGUCCUUGCAUAUGAUGAAUACUGCCAGUUCAGAGAAGAGCUGGAAGGAGCCACGGAACUCUUUCAACAGGAUGAUGCCGAAUUGAAAGAAAUGGCCCGGGAAGAAAUUAAAGAAAUUGAACCAAAAAUGGACGAGUUGGAAGAAAGAAUCAAAAUUCUACUCUUGCCCAAAGAUCCUAACGAUGAUAGGAAUAUCAUGUUGGAAAUCCGAGCAGGCACCGGUGGCUCGGAAGCCAAUAUCUUUGCAGGUGACUUGUACGACGCUUAUAAGAAAUACGCUACUACGAAUGGCUGGCAAGCCAAUGUGAUUGAUUCUUCUCCCGGUGAUGAUGGUGGUUUCAAGAACAUUGUCAUCGAUAUUAAAGGAGAUAAGGUAUACUCCAAAAUGAAGUGGGAAGCUGGAGUUCAUCGUGUGCAGAGGGUACCGGCCACAGAAUCGCAGGGCCGAGUCCACACAUCCACCGCCACGGUAGCUGUCAUGCCAGAGUGUGAUGAAGUAGAUGUCAAAAUUGAUCCCAAAGAUCUUGACAUUUCCACGAUGCGGAGUGGUGGAGCCGGUGGACAAAACGUCAACAAAGUCGAAACUGCCGUGGAUUUGCUACACAAACCGACUGGAAUUCGAAUCAAAUGCACCCAGGAACGAUCGCAAUUGAAAAACAAAGAUCUCGCCAUGAAAAUGCUCAUGUCCAAAUUGUAUGAUAUGGAGAAUGAAAAACGAGAUAUGGAGGAACGGGCAAGACGCGGAUCCCAGGUAGGAACGGGCGGAAGGAGUGAAAAGAUCCGAACGUACAAUUGGAAAGACUCUCGAUGUUCGGAUCACAGAUUAGGACAGAACUUUCCCUUGGCGCAGUUUCUAGGAGGGGAUAUCGAGCCCAUGAUUGAGGCAUGCAACGUCAAGGAUCAGGAAGAAAAGCUACGGGAAAUUACACAAGAAACAGCUGCCGCGUAA